AUGAGCCUGCUGCUGGAGACGCUGCUGGGCCCCCCGGCGCCGCCGGGCCGCGCCGCCCCGCGCUCCGCCGCCUCCAGCGGCUUCCACUCGUGGUCUGCGCCGGUCCCCGCAUCGGGGCCGGGCCGGGCGCGGGGCGGCGGCAGCGCGGCCGCCUCCUCCACCACGGAGAGCCUCGAGUCGCUGAACGGCGAGCCGCGGGCGCGCAACGAGAAGGAGCUGCUGCAGGUGCUCAACGACCGCUUCGCCGGCUACAUCGAGCGGGUGCGGGCGCUGGAGCAGCGCAACCGGGCGCUGGCGGCCGAGGCGGCGGCGCUGCGGCAGCAGCAGGCGGGCCGCGCCGCCAUGGGCGAGCUGUACACGCGGGAGCUGCGCGACCUGCGCGCCGCCGUGCUGCGCCUGGGCGCCGAGCAGGGGCAGCUGCGCCUGGAGCGGGCGCGCCUGGCGCAGGAGGCGGCCACGCUGCGGGCGCGCCUCGAGGAGGAGGCGCGGCAGCGCGGCGCGCUGGAGGCGGCAGCCCGCGGGCUGGCGCAGCGCUCCGCGCAGGAGGAGCGCGCCCGGGGGCCGCUGGCCGAGCGCGCCCGCGCCCUGCGCGAGGAGGCGGCGCUGCUGCGGCGGCAGCACGAGGCCGAGCUGGGCGCGCUGCUGCGCGGCGCCCGCCUGGACCAGCCGCCCGCCCCCGCCCCCGGCCCCGACCUCAGCGCGGCGCUCCGCGACCUGCGCGCCCAGCUGGAAGGCACGACGGCGCGCAGCACGCUGCAGGCCGAGGACUGGUUCCGCGUGAGGCUGGACAAGCUCUCUGAAGUCGCCAAGGUGAACACAGAUGCCAUCCGCUCAGCCCAGGAGGAGAUCAGUGAGUACCGCCGCCAGCUCCAGUCCAAGACCACUGAGCUCGAUGCCCUCAAAGGGACCCAGGAAUCACUGGAGAAGCAGAGACAGGACUCGGAGGAGCGCCAUCAUGCAGAUGUCCUCUCCUACCAGGAGACUAUCCAGCAGCUUGACAGUGAGCUGAGAAACAGCAAGUGGGAGAUGGCAGCCCAGCUCCGAGAGUACCAGGAUCUCCUCAACGUCAAAAUGGCCUUGGAUAUUGAAAUUGCUGCCUAUAGAAAGCUCUUGGAAGGGGAGGAAUAUCGGAUUGAGUCUGGCUUUGGGAUGGUCUCCUUCCCAGAGGUGUCCCCCAAGGCUCCCAGCAUCACCACGAACAUCAAGGUGAAGAGUGAGGAGAAAGUCAAGGUGGUGGAAAAGUCAGAGAAGGAGACAGUGAUUGUGGAAGAGCAGACAGAGGAAAUCCAGGUGACUGAGGAGGUCACAGAAGAGGAAGAGGCUGAGAAGGAGGCUGAAAAGGAGAAAGCUGAAGCAGAGGGCAAAGAAGAGGAAGCCAAGUCUCCUGCAAAAGAGGAGGCUAAAUCUCCAGCUAAACCUGCAUCCCCCUCCAAGGAAGAGGCCAAGAGCCCAGCUGUGAAGUCCCCAGAGAAACCUGCAUCCCCCUCCAAGGAAGAGGCCAAGAGCCCAGCUGUGAAGUCCCCAGAGAAACCUGCAUCCCCCUCCAAGGAGGAGGCCAAGAGCCCAGCUGUGAAGUCCCCAGAGAAACCUGCAUCCCCCUCCAAGGAGGAGGCCAAGAGCCCAGCUGUGAAGUCCCCAGAGAAACCUGCAUCCCCCUCCAAGGAGGAGGCCAAGAGCCCAGCUGUGAAGUCCCCAGAGAAACCUGCAUCCCCCUCCAAGGAGGAGGCCAAGAGCCCAGCUGUGAAGUCCCCAGAGAAACCUGCAUCCCCCUCCAAGGAGGAGGCCAAGAGCCCAGCUGUGAAGUCCCCAGAGAAACCUGCAUCCCCCUCCAAGGAGGAGGCCAAGAGCCCAGCUGUGAAGUCCCCAGAGAAACCUGCAUCCCCCUCCAAGGAAGAGGCCAAGAGUCCAGCUGUGAAGUCCCCAGAGAAACCUGCAUCCCCCUCCAAGGAGGAGGCCAAGAGCCCAGCUGUGAAGUCCCCAGAGAAACCUGCAUCCCCCUCCAAGGAAGAGGCCAAGAGCCCAGCCAUCAAAUCCCCUGAAAAACCUGCACCCCCUUCAAAGGAAGAGGCCAAGAGCCCAGCUGUGAAGUCCCCAGAGAAACCUGCAUCCCCCUCCAAGGAAGAGGCCAAGAGUCCAGCUGUGAAGUCCCCAGAGAAACCUGCAUCCCCCUCCAAGGAAGAGGCCAAGAGCCCAGCCAUCAAAUCCCCUGAAAAACCUGCACCCCCUUCAAAGGAAGAGGCCAAGAGCCCAGCUGUGAAGUCCCCAGAGAAACCUGCAUCCCCCUCCAAGGAAGAGGCCAAGAGCCCAGCUGUGAAGUCUCCAGAAAAGGUCAAAUCUCCUGUGAAGGAGGAGACCAAGUCUCCUCAGAAGGAAACGGCCCCGGCAAAGGAGCCCAUUCCUUCACCUCCGAAGGAGUCAAAAGCCAUUGUGAAAGAAGAGCAGCCCAAAGAGGAGAAGGCUUCCUCCAAGCCUCAAGCUGAGGAAGGCAAGAAAAAGGAGGCCCCCCAGGCUGUCCCAGCUAAGGCAGAGGAGAAGCCCAAAGACAAGGUGGCUACUGCACCAGGGAAGGAGUCCACAAAACCCACAGAGGAAGGGAAGGCAGAGAAGGAGGCUCAGCCAAAGCCUCAGCAGGAGCCCAGCAAAGCAGCUGAGAAGCCAAAGGCUGAGGAGAAGAAGGAGGAACCAAAGAAAGAGAAAGCAGAGCCCAAAAAGGAGCUGGAGGAGAAACCCAAAGUUGAAGCUAAGCCCAAAGAUGAGCUCAAAGCCAGUAAGGAGCCCACCAAGGCUGAGAAAGUGGCCAGUGCAGAUGCCAAGGAGGGCAAAGCCUCAGAGCUGGUGCCUGCCUCGGGCAAGAAGAGCGAGAAGUGAGCAGAGUCCUGGCCCCACAGGCGCCAGGAGCAUCUCAGUCCAGGGAGCAGCUCUAUUGCCCUCCAAGGGCCGAGGGUAGGUGGAAGCAUCACCUGCCAAGCCCGGCCUUAGCAAUAUGUUCGUGUGAGAGACACAGCCCCUAGCUGCCCUCCUUCGGGGGUAUGUUAUGAUCGCUUCUGUAGCCGAAUGUGAUACACGCAGAGCACCACAUUUAACACUUGAAUUAUACUGACGGGACCGGCCCCGAUGGGACCUGGCUGCCCUUCUCCAAUAAGUGCAUUUAUUUAAGGUACGUGCAAUUGGCAGGCAGGCGCGCCGCACGGCUUUAGCUGCCCGGGCCGCGUGCCGAAGGCUCGCAGAGCCCCGAUGGCCUUCCCUCCUCCGGGGGAAACUGUCCUUUCUGUGCGGCGACGCAGGCUGGGGCUGGCUUGGGUGGACCGGGUUAGGCACAGUGUGGAAAUACUCCCCAAAACAUGACGUGCACGAGGAGACUCGAGUCCACUCUCUGUUGCUUAUGUGCAAUAACCAAAUA